UUCUUCUUUUGGAGGUGGCCAAAGAUAUUAACCAAUUUUGUGUAAGGAAUUGAGGAAUAUCGUGGAUUUUAUACGCAUUUGUUUGCCCAAAAAUUCACCAGUUCACUUAUCUAGCCGUUGCGUCGAGAGCAAGUCCUUUUCAUGUUUGUGUGUAUAACCGCGCGUUGAAUACCUAGUUCGUAUCCUAGAGGCGUCCCUCAAGGAGCAAAAGUGUUUCUACUACGCAGGGGUGUUUGGUGCUCCAUGUCCAUGUCCAUGCGGUAGCGCUUCACUCGCCAAGAAUGGCGCAGAAAAUUAAUCAGAAAGAGUACCUGAAACGUUACCUUUCCAAUGAUAAGGAAAAGAAGAAGAAAAAGAAAAAAGUAAAAAACUCCAUCGGUAAGGAAACCGUGCGGAUCAUCGAUGACGAUUUAGAUUUAGCAAAGCUCCAGACCAUCGAGAAUCCUGACGACGUGGAUCUCUUUGCGCUGGGGGAGGAAGCACCCCAGGUUGUGGGAAUAAUUGACGAUCGGCCACCGGAACUACGGGCGAAGGAGGACUUUAGCAGCAACAAGUGGAAAGUGCUGGCAGCUAACGAUGAUACCUUACAGGUGCGCGAUAUUAGUAACCGUACCGGGGAUGUUCGACUGGCUAUUGGUGGUGAAACAAAAACGAAACAAGCGGCAACAAGCGGCGGCGAAAAGGCACGGCGAGACUCGGAUGAAAGCCCACCAAGGGACCGAAGCUCGAAAGACACCCGAUCCAAACGACAUGACUCCGAUGAAAGUCCUCCCCGAGUUCGGCGUGCCGUUGCUUCGGACACGCAAAUGGCCCGAAGUCGGCGCGAUGAUUCUGAUGAAAGCCCUCCGCGACGAUCCAAGUCCGACAAAUCAGCCCCCAAACGUGGUCAUCGUCACGAUUCGGAUGAAAGCCCACCGAGAAGAUUGCGCCGCGAUUCCGAUGGUAGCCCUCCGAGACGACCCGGCGGCACAGAUUUGCACAAAAGUUCGUCCAACGGAGGUACACGGGACAAAAGUUCUCACGGAGCCAGCCAUCGUCACAAGGAUUCGGAUGAGAGUCCCAACCGGCGAAACCGUGGUUCCAAGCAACAUUAUUCCAAUAGUAGGCGCGAUCGCGAUAUCGCUCGUGAAAGCCCCCGCCGGGUAGUAUCCAGCCAUCGCACGGAUCCGGUCCGCCGGUCAUCACGGCGUGAUUCAGAUGAAAGCCCUCCGAGGCGUAGAGGCAAAGGUUCUAGAGAACGGAGCAAGUCUCACAGAAGUCCUGCAGGACUCAACCGCCAGUCAACGGUGGAGCCAGCGGUUCGCAUAAAGCAAGAGCCACGAGGCGACUCGGAUGAAAGUCCCCCGAGACGGUCAUCGAGAAGUCCCUCGAGACGCACAGUAACCGUUCUACCUCCGGUCCGAGUGAAGGAGGAACGAAAUCGUUCCUCGCCGGAACAGGAAUCCGCCGGUCCGAGUCGCAUGACCAAAACGCUCGACGGGAAACAGGCCGGGCUGCAGGCCGCACGAGCCGUACGCGAAGAAAACGAGCGCUUCCGUCGGCGGGAGGAUGAACUGUUUUCGAAAAUGUCCGCCGAUCUUACGGGGCGCGACGCACAGACGGUGGUUCGUAGCAAAUCGGGCCGCCGGAAGGACAUUGAGAAGGAGCUUCGCGAAGAGUUCGAGAAGCGCAAGCACGAGGAGAAGAAAAAGGAAAUCUACACGCGCUGGGGAAAAGGCGUGAAGCAAGUAGAGGAUUACAACUCACGGCUGCAGGAGGCGGCACACGAGAUGGAGAAACCGCUCGCCCGGUACGCGAACGAUAGCGAUCUGGAUGAGCAUCUGAAAAAGCAAGAACGCAUCGGCGACCCAAUGUUGGAGUAUUUGCGCAGCAAACGCAAGGAAGAGAACCAGCGGGCCGGCAUACCGGAGAAACCGUCGUACCAGGGUGCGUAUCCGGACAACCGGUUCAACAUACGGCCCGGCUAUCGGUGGGACGGCGUCGAUCGGUCGAACGGGUUCGAGAAACGCUGGUUCGAUACGAUGAGCAAGAAGAAAGCGGUCGAGGAGGAAGCGUACAAGUACAGCGUCGAGGACAUGUGAGGAUGCCGAUGUCCGUACGAGGGAACCGAAAUACAUGAGAUCCCACGAUCUUCUUUUUCCCACAA